AUGACCGACGACGGCCAUUUAUAUGCUGCUGCCGCCGUGUUCCUUGCGCUAUGUCGACCUUGCCGAAGAAUAUUCCAAGCUAUUGAGAAUCCCCAGAGACCUACACAGACGUCCAGGGCAGAAGGUGCAAGACGCCGACAGAAUUACGAGACCAUGGAGCGGCCAAGUGGAGGUGCUGAGAGUACGUACAUCGACAUCGGAAUGAUCCCAAGGAAAGAUGACGAUCCUGCUCACAUUUAUGGCAACCUUGGGUUUGAAGAUAAAGAAACCACACGACAAGAAACACGACAAGAAACACUUUGGAGCCGCUUCAACAACUACAGUUCGACCAACGAUCUCCCGAGAAGUGGAAGGCCAAGAAUCACCACCCCCUUUCAAGAUUGGUACAUCCGGGUCCAUCACCUGCGUAAUCGUCAUGCCCUACCAACCAGGUUUUAG